AUGAAAAUUGAUGCAACCACUCCUAGAUAGUACAUUCUUCGUCUCAAUCAUCACCCUCCAGAUUAUAGACUAUAAAUACAGCCUUUUACUGCUAAAAAACAAACCUAUUAAUUAGACUUAACCAAUAAAUCUAUCUCGGACUCCAUCAAAAAAAAGGUUUAGCUACGUAAGAUGUCCCAAGUCUCUUCAUCUUAACAUUAUGAUCCAACUAAUUUUGCUCAAUCCAAUACUAUGUCAAUUGACACCAAAUAAUUCCACAUUUUCACUUAGAAAAAUUCUAGGGCAAACACCUGUAUUUAAUAGCUCAGUUACACUUAUGAUCCUAUUAUCAAUCAUCAAAAAUAGAAAAAACCUCAACAACCUUAAACUGCCUUUAAGAGAAACCCAAGAAUAUUGCCUAGACAUAUUCCAUUAUCUCCUUCAAUUCCUUUUGGUCCACCAAUAACAGCAUAGAGUUGGUGUAUUAUAAAUGGGAAGGAUGGAUCACUUUUGGCUGGUUUCAAUGAAAAAUUUAAAUGUUAAAUAGCAUCCAUCACUAAAAUUAUGACAUGUUUUUUAUCUCUCAAAUUCGUCUCAUUAAUAUCACUAGAUCUAGAUAACACUUAUUUCACAGUCCCUGAAGCAGCUGAAAAUGUUGGUGGUACUUCAGCAUAACUAUAAACAGGGGACUAAUUGAAUCUAAGAGAUCUACUUUAUGGACUCAUGCUCCCUUCAGGCAAUGACGCAGCCGUCACUUUAAAACACAAUUUCGAAUAAACUACAGGAAUCAAUUUUAUAGAUGAAAUGAAUAGUUGUGCAAAAGAAUUUGGUCUCAAAUCAACAUAAUAUAUGAAUCCUCAUGGUUUAUACCAUAAAUUUAAUUACUCUUCAGCUCUUGAUAUUGGAAUCCUAUGUUUUCAAGCAUUGUAAAAUGAACACUUUGCUAACAUUGUUAAAACAAAAAUCUAUUUUAGUGAAAUUAUAGAUAAAUUUGGUAACAUAAAAGAAAUCCUUUGGGAAAAUACUAAUAAAUUAUUAGACAAUGGAUUUCAAGGAGUGAAGACUGGCUAGACUAAGGAGGCUGGACCUUGUGUUGUCGAAUAUUAUUUGGAUAAUAAUAAUUCUUAUAUAAUUGUAUUAUUAAAUUGUAAAUCUACCGAUUACAGAUGGUAUGAUGCAAUUUAAUUAUUGGAUUGGAUAAAAUAAUGA